CAACAUUUUUUCCCAAUAUAAAAUUACAAUGGCUCUUCACCACCACCAAUACAAAUGUUACGGAAAAUAGCUAGAAGAAUUGUUUAUGCAGAAUAAACUUCUCUCUGCUGUCCUCCCAUGACUACAGAAACGCUCAUCUUUCUUUUCCUGCUUUUCUCCCAAACUUGCAAUGGAAGGGAUACAAGUCUCUGUGCCCCUUCUUCAUGUGGCAAUAUCCACAACAUUAGUUACCCUUUCCGAUUACAAACUGAUCCAAACAAUUGCGGAGACCAUAGAUUUGAGCUUUCUUGUGAAAAUAAUUUCACUGUGUUAAAUUUAAACGGAGGAAGAUACUAUGUUCAGGCCAUCAAUUACGAUAACUUCACUAUCCGAUUGGUGGAUGCCGGCGUCCAUCAACAUGAUUGCUCCUCCUUUUCUCGUUUUCCUUUAUCCUAUUAUGAGAUUGUUCCAUAUUCCAAUUAUAAAUACCAAUGGACAAAGUCAGAAGAAGACAAAUGGGCUAAGUUGGGAGAACCUCCCAUGUUAUCGCAGAUGAUUAUUUUCAUCAAGUGCCCAAAUCCAGUGUACUCUCCCCUUUACGUGGACACCGCUCCUUGCGUUUUACGUGGAUUCAAUUCUUCUGUAUCUGCUUUGAAGAGGCACUACUCUUAUGUAAAUAUCGGAGACAUGAAGGCAUCCGAAUUGAUGGAGUCGUGCAGCGUGGAGAUGAUGAGUUUGUUUCCAGUUACGGCAAAGAAGAAUAUGUCCUUUAUUGAAAUUCACAGGGAACUUGUAUUUGGGUUUCAGCUUUCCUGGCACAGGUACAUCAAAUGUGAAAAGUGUCAUAGUUGCUAUCUGGACAGCAGAAACAGUGUUCGAUGCAUGUACACGUACAGGUGGGGUGAAGCAGUUGGAAUCAUCUACAUGAUAGGAGGGUAUUUGGCAGGCAUCUCUAUUUAUGGCGGAAUGCUUCUUGCUGCAAGAUGCUUAUGUGGGACUCCAUGUGUGAUGGCAUUUAUCAUUUAUAAAUGGCGAAGGAGACAUUUAUCAGGAUACAAUACCAUUGAAGAAUUCCUUCAAAGUCACAAUAACCUCAUGCCAAUAAGAAAUGAAUGA